AUGUGCGCCGUUAUACGUAAAGCAGCACUUCGAUUAAUGAGGGAAUCUUUUAUCAGAGUCAUUACGAUGGUUAACAAUACGGCUAACAAUCGUUUUGAAGAUUUCGGUCCGUUAUAUAAUUAUCAGUAUCGCAUAAUAAUAAUUGGUGACACAACAGUUGGCAAAUCAAGUCUGCUGAGGCAUUUCACUGAAGGUCGAACUGCGGAAAAAAAUGAACCAACUGUUGGUGUUGAUUUUUAUUCGCGAAUGGUUGAAAUCAAACCGGGUUUUCGCAUUAAAUUACAACUUUGGGAUACAGCUGGACAAGAGAAAUUCAGAUCUAUAACAAGGUCAUAUUAUCGCAAUUCAGUUGGUAUAAUUAUUGUGUACGAUAUCUCAAAUCGAAAAACAUUUGAACAUAUUACUCAGUGGUUGAAUGAAGCGGAAACGAAUAUAAAUGAUUCGAAUCACUGUGUAAUUCAGUUGGUUGGCCAUAAAGCGGAUUUGGACGCAGAUCGUCAGGUAAUGUAUGAAGAAGGUGAAUAUUUUGCGAAGUACCAUAAAAUAAAAUUCAUUGAAACAUCAGCAAUUUCUGGCGAAAAUGUCCAGGAAGCCUUCGUGAUGUUGGCACGAGAGAUAAAUAACAGAAUUGAAGAUGGUUCUUUGCAAAUCAUUGAAGGUUGGGAAGGUAUUAAAAGUGGGGUGACGAUGACACUGUCUUUAUCAGAAGAAUCUUCUCGCAUUCCUUCGCCAUCAAGUUGUUCUUGUUAA